UGAAACCCUAGAAACCCUAAUCUCGCCGCGUCAUUUGACAUUGCUCGACGGAAGGAGGAGGAAGAGAGAGCGGAAGAGCGAAGCAAGGGAAAUGGCGACGAGAUUCAAGAAAAAUAGGAAGAAGAGGGGCCAUGUUUCUGCCGGCCAUGGACGAAUAGGCAAACACAGGAAACAUCCAGGUGGUCGGGGUAAUGCUGGUGGUAUGCAUCACCACAGGAUCUUGUUCGACAAAUACCAUCCAGGUUACUUUGGUAAGGUUGGUAUGCGUUACUUUCACAAGCUGCGCAACAAGUUCUACUGUCCCAUCGUCAACAUCGACAAGCUCUGGUCGUUGAUUCCACAAGAGGUGAAGGACAAGGCAUCGCCGGAGAACGCACCUUUGAUCGACGUUACUCAGUACGGUUACUUUAAGGUCUUGGGAAAGGGGGUAUUGCCUCCGUCACAGCCCAUCGUCGUUAAGGCGAAGAUCGUGUCCAAGAUUGCAGAGAAGAAGAUCAAGGAAUCCGGAGGAGCCGUCGUUCUUACUGCUUAGGAGGUUUAAUUCUUCUGCUUGUUAUUGAUUAGGGUUUUUGAA